AUGGCCUCCAAGGAGCGGUAUCAUUUCGCGUUCCUAUUCCUAAUUCAAUUCUCGACUCCGUUUUCGAUGCCGGUUUCAAGCAUCGCUCCGGGCGCUAGCCUGAGGGGUAAUGGAGCGAACAGAUGGGACCGUCGGUUCGAACGGCGUCCCCCGAGUCAUCGGCCCGUCCUGGGAUCGUACGAUGGCAACUCCAGCACUAACCCAUCGUGCUCGAUCGAAGCCGGCACGCAUGCCGAGGAGGAACCCGAAACAAUCCCCAUCACCUGUGCAGCAUACAUGAGCACGCACACAUGCGAUGCAGCACGGCGACACCGUGGCAACCAACCAACGGCGGCCGGCUCCAACUCCACGGGGGGCGACCGGGUGUAA